AUGGGGUCGAGCCAGAAGAGAAAAAGGGAAAAGCAAAAAGACUUUCAGAAACCCAAACUCAAAGUCGGCAAGGCAAAGGCCAAGCCUGCAAACUUUACCGAUACCAGCUUCAAGGCUAAAGCUAUUGUACUGAACCAACAAUCACUAUCUACAAAUGCGCCAUCAUCGUCUUCGCAGUUCUCACACCAUCUAUCACUGCUGUCGGCAAAAUCAGACACACAGCGCAAGGAAUCACUUGCACAUCUCACAACAUCAGUGCUGUCUCGGCCUGUCGACUCGGCUCUACCGCAACCAGUCAGCACAAUUAUACCCAAACUGGUCCCUCUUCUGCUAGACGCAAGCAACAAUGUGCGGGCCCAACUACUGAAAUUCCUCAAAACCCUCCCAGCUGCUGAUAUCGAUGCCCAUGCUACCCAACUGCUGCCUUAUAUACGGGCGGGCAUGACGCACCUGGCAGCUGAUAUCCGGUUAUCGGCUGUUGAAGUUUUGGGCUGGCUGGUCGACACUGCCGGCAGCGAGGUGGUCUCUUGCGCGGGCGGUUGGAUCAAAACUCUCAACUGCUUUCUAUCUCUUCUCGGAUGGCACACGGCGGAAUCGGCCAAGUGGUCUGCGAAUCGGAGCUCGUUUGGCAAGGCCGGCAGUCAGGGACGACCCAUGGUGAGAGCACUGCAAGUUUUGGCCGAAUUUCUUCGUGUUGGGAUUGGCAAGGAGGAGGAUCUUGAUGGUGAUGUGAACAACAAUAACGACCCCGAAAGAAGUGUUUCUAGCCACUACUUCCCGCUCGACUCUUCCGUCCGGCAGAACGUGAUCUCAAACCGACCGACGCCGUACGCCUAUCUCAACCUUUUCGGACAGCCGCGCGACGCCGAGGGGGAAAUGUACGAGAGCCGCGAUGAUCGCUUGCGCGUCUUUGCCGACCAGUUUCGUAGCGUCGUUGAGCGCGGAGUAGAGAAUGCGCGCAAGGAAGGGGGUGAGGUUGGGCGUGCCUCUGCGACUGUCUUCAAAGUGCUCCGCGAUGCGGGGCCUGCUACUGCGACGACUUGA